AUGGACGAACCGCACACUCACACAGAGGAGGAGAAGGCUCCUCGGAAGACACAGACACGAAAACGACAGAGCGACAGCGACGACGACAAACCCCAGCCGAAACGAGUACGAUUGACACGGAAAAACCUUGCCGCAUUCAACAAGAUGGGCAAGAAGAAGAAGACCUCAGACGACGAUUCGGGCUCGACCAAGACCAAGACCACAUCGACAACCUCGUCCGGGUUCGCCGAGCAAGUCUACAAGAAUGGCGUCCGACAGCCGCCAUAUGCCAAGCCGCCUCCGAACCUCGGGGACAUUCGCGAACGACUCGCUAGAUCCCGUGCAACCGCCUCACCGCCCGAACUGGAAUACAAGCGCUACAUCAACAAAGUCGAGGGGGCCCCGAACGAAGCAACCAUGGUCGUCGAAGUCAGCAGAAGGCUGCCGAAGGAGUAUGACGAUAAGGGCUAUAGCCAAGUGUUCAACCAGGCGUUUACAAACUUCCCGGAAGACGUUGGGCUCAACAAUGGCCUAUCCGCCCCACAGCCCGACUUUAUCGAGGGCCUCCGGAUGCCAGAGUACGGCCCGUUUCCAGUCGGCGAAUGCGUUGGCGGCGCCGUUCCGUAUAAGGACGACCCCAAUUCCCUAACGCUACCACAUUUGGCGGGGGAAUGGAAGGGACCCGGAAAGAACAUGAAAGAGGCGAGAAUGCAGGCCGCCUACGAUGGAGCGGCUCUUGUCUACGCCAGGAACCAAGCCCUUGAUACCAUGGGAAAACCUUACCUUGCCGGUCAUGCCAAGGUUAUGACAUUCACUACGGACGGCACCAACCUUAACCUCUUUACACACCACAUUAUGCUGACGGAGGAAGGUACGCUUGAGUACCAUCAGCACCCCAUCAAGUCGAUCAAUCUUAUCGACUCCCACGAAGGGUACAAGGAGGGCCGAAAACACCUCAGAAACGCCCAGGACCUCGCCAAGGAAGAGUCCUACGCGCUGAGGGACGAACUCAAAGAUUAUUGGAGGGCAAGGAGGGCGCAGCCGGUCCCUCUCCCCACCAUCGAAGACGACUACGAAGUCGUCGAACACCAGCCUGUCUAUCAGCCGACACCCCCUACAUCGUCCAAGCCCAAGCAUAGUAAACCGCACCACUCGCAUUCGCCGCCGCAUUCGUCCAAGGCUCCCUCAUCCACACAUGGUUCUACCGCCAGCAGCGGACAGAAGCGAAGAGCCUCAUCUUCGCAGGAAUCGUCGAGCAGCUCUUCCAGGCACAAGUACAAGAGCUACUGGAAGAAGGACGCCAUGAGCGGACGUUAUUACCACCAGCAUUCGGAUGGUACCGUCUCUUGGCUUGACGACGACGAGGAAGAUGGACGCGACUAG